AUGCAUUAUGUGGUUCAUACUGUUAAACGGCUAGAAUCGAUAAAAAUCACAUUCCCCAUCAGAGGAUAUUCAUACUUAGAGUGUGGUAAAAACAUGGGACUUGUUAACCUAAAAACAAGGAUGAAAGUACCGAAUGAUUGGUAUGAAUUACUUCGCAACUUUAGGAAAAAUCCGAAUCCCUUUAUUGCCAUUGAAAUGAAACAGUCUAUUGUCAGAGAUUGGACAAAGUUUUUUAAAACCAAAUUUGUAUCAAAAUGUCCUUUUCCCAUUCAGUCUAUAAGGGAAAUUAUAUGCCAAAAAGAUCAUUCACGUUUAUUAAGUUACCGUUUCAGUUACAGUGGUACUUGA